AUGGGCAAGGCUGUUCCAUUUUUUAAAAAAUUAUCUUUAAGCUAUAGCCGGGACCGCAGCUGCAGCACCAGAAGCCCUUCCCAGAGAUCAGGCCCUAGGAAAGGAUCAUGGGGUCACGAGAGUCCUGAGGAGAGGCAUUCUGGUCGUGGAGACUUCAUUCGCUCUAAAAUCUACCGCUCCCAGUCUCCUCAUUAUUUCCGAUCAGGUCGGGGAGAAGGCCAUGAGAAAAAGGAAGAUGGCAGAGGAGAUGAUAGUAAAGGGACAGGCCUACCCUCUCAGAACAGCAAUGUUGGCACAGGAAGGGGAUCAGAGAGUGACUGCAGCCCUGAAGAUAAGAACUCUCUCACUGCCAAACUUCUACUGGAGAAGAUCCAGUCAAGGAAAGUGGAGAGGAAACCCAGUGUAAGUGAGGAGGUGCUGGCCACCCCAAAUAAAGCUGGGCUCAAGCUCAAGGACCCGCCACAAGGUUACUUUGGGCCCAAGCUCCCCCCCUCUCUUGGCAAUAACCCUGUCCUUCCACUGAUAGGGAAACUCCCAGCUACCCGAAAGCCCAACACCAAGAAAUGUGAAGAGUCUGGCUUAGAAAGAGGGGAGGAGCAAGAACAGUCAGAGACAGAAGAAGGGCCUCCAGGGAAUAGUGAUGCCGCCUUUGGACAUCAGUACCCCUCAGCGGAAACAGCUGGCUCCUUAUCAGACCCACCUCCAGAAGAGCCAAAAUCUGAAGAAGCUACUACUGCUAAUCACCCUGUGGCUCCACUAGGCACCCCAGUGCACUCUGAUUGCUAUCCUGGGGACCCAGCCAUCUCCCAUAACUACCUCCCUGACCCCAGCGAUGGGGACACCCUAGAAUCCUUGGAUAGUGGCAGUCAACCAGGCCCUGUGGAAUCUAGCUUGCUGCCAAUAGUGCCGGAACUUGAGCACUUCUCCAGUUAUGCACCUCCCAGUGGGGAGCCUAGUAUUGAGUCAGCUGAUGGGGCAGAGGAUGCUUCCCUGGCCCCCCUGGAAAGCCAGCCCAUCACCUUCACUCCUGAGGAGAUGGAGAAGUACAGCAAACUCCAGCAGGCUGCACAGCAGCACAUCCAGCAGCAAGUAAAAGCCUUCCGCUCUGCUGCCCUGGCCCCAGCCACUCCAGCCCUGCAGCCCAUCCACAUUCAGCAGCCGGCCACAGCCUCUGCCACCUCCAUCACAACUGUUCAGCAUGCCAUCCUAAAGCAUCAUGCCGCAGCAGCUGCUGCUGCCAUUGGCAUUCACCCCCACCCUCAUCCCCAGCCACUUGCCCAAGUACAUCAUAUUCCCCAGCCCCACCUGACACCCAUUUCCUUGUCCCACCUCACUCACUCAAUCAUCCCUGGCCACCCUGCCACCUUUCUCGCUAGCCAUCCCAUUCACAUCAUUCCUGCCUCAGCCAUCCAUCCUGGACCCUUCACCUUCCACCCUGUCCCACAUGCUGCCCUCUAUCCUACCCUACUUGCCCCACGGCCUACUGCAGCAGCUACCACUGCCCUCCACCUUCACCCACUUCUUCACCCCAUCUUCUCAGGUCAGGACCUGCAGCACCCCCCUGGCCAUGGCACAUGAGUUGGGGGAGGAGAGCCCAGGUAGGACCAGGGAAGGUGACCCAUAAGUCUUCCCUUGGGGGUGUUGAGCCAUUAAUACCAGCAAGUAGAAGCUGGGAUGGGCAGUGUCUGAUAGCCAAAGAAUUAAGUUUUGGCUUGCAGGGGUGGUUUUAGAUUUGAGGUUUGCUUUGGGUUCACUAU